UCCGGCAGCGGCCGCUGAGCAUCAGAGCGCUGAUCCUCCUCCUGUGUGUCGGGAGGGAAGGCGUGCUGAACGCUGCCGCUGCUGCUGCUGCUGCUGCUGCUGCUGUCACACAUCCACUGAACGCCGCUCGUCCUUUAUUUCCUGUCCAACUCCCAGCAGGAUAAAACAGCUCCCACUCAACAUGGGUUAGAGACAGAGGACCGGGCAGAGGAGAGGACAGGACGAGGAGCGACCUUAUGGAUUAUCCACUUUGUGCACUUCAGCGAGGAGGAUGAUGGGGGGGGAGCCGGACUUGUUUUCGCGGAGACAUCCUGACAAAGACGGGGACUGAAGAGGGAGAUCGGGGACUCGCUGCUGCCUUCUCUCUGUCUCGCUUCGCAUCUCUUUUGUUUUGAUUUUAUUUAUUUCAUUUUUUAAAUAUCAUUAUUAUUUUUUAUUUUUUUUCAUUACUUCCCCCCCACCCUCCGCGUGUGUGCGAGACAGAGAAAUGUUCGCAGAAUUGCUGUGCGGCGCCGUGGCUCUGGUCCUGUAUGUCAACACUCUGGGCGCCGAUUUCUGCUACGAUGACAGCCGUGCAAUCAAGACCAAUCAGGACCUGCUUCCAGAGACCCCCUGGACAAACAUCUUCUACGAUGACUUCUGGGGCACCUUACUCACUCACAGUGGCAGCCACAAGUCUUAUCGGCCCCUCUGCACCCUCUCCUUCCGCCUCAACUACGCCGUGGGUGGGCUGGAGCCCUGGGGUUACCACCUGGUUAACGUGGCUGUCCACGGGGCUGUGACGGGCCUGUUUACCUCCCUGGCUCGCCUGCUGCUCGGAGGAGGCCUGUGGAGCCUGCUGGCUGGCCUGCUCUUCGCCUCGCACCCCAUCCACACCGAGGCAGUGGCGGGUGUCGUGGGCCGUGCCGAUGAAGGUGCCGCCCUGUUCUUUCUGCUGUCCCUGCUGUGCUACAUACGUCACUGUAAGCUGCGGGGCCACGCCGGGCCCUGGCGGCCCUUGGCCUGGUUCCUGGGCAGCCUGGGCUGCGCCGCGUGCAGCAUGCUGUGGAAGGAGCUUGGAGUGACCGUCCUGGCUGUAUCAGCGCUUUACGAUGUCUGUGUUUUCCACAGGCUCAAAUUGCGGCAGGUCAUCAUGCUCCUCUACAAGAGAAAGAACGUCCACCUGCUGCUGAAUGUAUUUUUGCUGGCAGCCUGGGGAGCCAUCCUGUUGGCCUGCCGCUUCUACUGGAUGGGCAACAAACCCCCAAAUUUCUCCAACUCUGACAACCCAGCGGCCGACUCGCCCUCGCUCCUCACCAGGGUGCUCACCUUUUUCUACCUGCCUGCCAUCAACUUUUGGCUCUUCCUUUGCCCAGACAUGCUCAGCUUUGACUGGUCAAUGGACGCCCUGCCGCUGAUCAGGAGCCUCGCUGAUUGGAGGAACUGUCAUACGGCCGCCUUCUACCUUGGAUUGCUCUUGCUGGCUUGGUUCAGCUUGAUGACGCACCACGCGGCGAAGGGCAAGGACACCAACGGCAAAGCGCAUCAUUACACCAAUGGCAAAAAUGGCAACACAAAUGGACACAGCUACCAAUAUAACAAUCAUGAACAUGUGAACAAUUCCCACACAGAUGCUCAUAUUAAUAGUGCACAAAAUGGUACCAAAAAGCCCUAUGAGAGCAGGACUCCACUGCCCACCACUGAAAAUGUUGUGGUGUUCUCUCUUGGCCUGUUGGCUAUCCCCUUCCUCCCUGCCACAAACCUGUUUUUCUAUGUGGGCUUUGUGAUAGCAGAGAGAGUGCUGUACAUCCCCAGCAUGGGCUUCUGCCUGCUUGUGGCGGUGGGGAUGAGGUCCCUCUACGUGCGUCUGCGACGCAGGUCCUCCAGGGCUGUGUUGGUGUACUGCAGCGCUGCCCUGGUUCUGCUAUUUGGUGUCAAAACUGUCCUGAGGAACCGGGACUGGCAGAAUGAGGAGAUGCUCUACAAGUCAGGGAUUUAUGUCAAUCCUGCUAAAGCAUGGGGCAACCUUGGAAAUGUCCUGAAGAGCCAGGGCAAGAUGGAGGAGGCUGAACAGGCGUACAGAAAUGCCCUGUAUUACCGCAGCAACAUGGCCGACAUGCUGUAUAACCUUGGUUUGCUGCUGCAGGAGAGCAACAAGUUCUCAGAGGCUCUCCACUACUAUAAGCUGGCCAUUGGGAGCCGGCCAACUCUGGCUUCGGCCUACUUGAACACGGGCAUCAUCCUGAUGAACCAGGGUCGUCUAGAUGAGUCCAAGCGCACAUUCCUGACCUGUGCUGAUAUCCCAGACGAGAACCUGAAGGACCCCCACGCCCACAAGAGCUCCGUCACCAGCUGCUUGUACAACCUGGGCAAGCUGCUCCACGAGCAGGGACACCAGGAGGAGGCCCUCACAGUGUUUAAAGAAGCAAUACAGAAAAUGCCAAGACAAUUUGCACCACAGAGCCUCUACAACAUGAUGGGAGAGGCCUACAUAAGACUGAACAAGCUGACUGAAGCUGAACACUGGUACAGAGAGUCCCUGAGAGCCAAGCCGGACCACAUUCCUGCUCACCUCACGUACGGCAAACUCCUGGCUAUGACGGGGCAGAAAACAGAAGCGGAGAGGUACUUCCUGAAGGCCAUCCAGCUCGAUCCCACAAAGGGAAACUGUUACAUGCAUUAUGGUCAGUUUUUGUUGGAAGAGUCGCGGCUGCUGGAGGCGGCGGAGAUGGCAGAGAAGGCUGCGCGUCUCGACAGCGGGGAGUUUGAUGUGGUCUUCAGCGCAGCCCACAUGCUAAGACAAGCCAGCCUGAAUGAGGCAGCCGAGAAGUAUUACGGACAAGCAGCCAGCCUGAGACCUAAUUAUCCUGCAGCCUUGAUGAACCUGGGGGCGAUCCUCCACCUCAACGGGAAGCUGCAAGAAGCCGAAGCCAAUUACCUCCGAGCACUUCAUCUGAAACCGGAUGACACCAUCACCCAGUCCAACCUGCGCAAGCUGUGGAACAUCAUGGAGAAACAGGGCCUGAGGACCACGAGCCCCUGAGCUCAGCCCUGCCCGCCCGCCUACCUGCCAUCUGCACACCAGACCUGGGGGAGAGGGUGGCCUACGAGGUCCACGUUCACUCUUGUCAUCCAGGAGAGAUGGAAGAGAGACUCAGGGAGGAUGUUUGCUCAGAGAGGCUGUGACUGUGCCCCUCCUAAUAACUCCUGAGCUCUGCAUACACCUCAGGCCAGCAGCUUUCCUCUAAAGCAUUGCUCACAGUUUGGCAGGCGCUACAUUGGUAUUUGGACUCUUUAGAACUUUCUUGAAACUUAGUGCUCUCACAGGAACCACGCUUUAUUUGGUCUUCUUUUUUUUUCUCUCUUCUAUAACUAGAGCACUUGAACUUGAAGUGAGUUAGGUACAUCCUUCAACAUUUGUGAUGAAUUAGGGUUUAAUAAACAUGCUGUUGUAGUUCAAAGCGGCGACAUUUCUCCUUGAGCGGUGUGAGAUAAAAUAUGAAAAGAAAGAAAAUAAUCUCAGAGUGCUGCACUGAGGGGAUUUUCCAUCGUCAUUUAAUCAAAUUCUUGGUUUGAUCAGAUAAUGAAGAAAUUAAGGCAAUAUGAAGAAUUCAAUACCAUCAAGGAUCACUGAUGUAAUCAAGUCUGAAUCACUUAAUUCUCCGUGCACAUCCUCAAUGGGUCACUUUGUCUUGCUAAUGAGAUUACACAUACUUAAUAAUGAAGACACGAAAAUUAGCGCCAUCAUUGCAAACAGCAGAUGUCCUGAUAAUUGGUGAAAAACUUGUAAAAAAGGGAAUUUAAUCUGGCAGCCGUCGCAGCACAACAGUAGCCUCUCGAAAGCUCUCUGAAGGCUGGAUUUUGCCAAACACAGUAUUGGCAAGAGACCUCAAAAGCAAAGGAAAUGGGCCUCCUUUCACAUAGAGAUGCCUUAGAAUAGAAGGUGUGAAUCUUCUUCGGCAGUGUAAAGUAGCAUGCAGGUGGCACUUCUGCUUCUUGUUCGGCGCUGGCAAAGAUGCAGCGAGAAGCUACACAUGGAAAUAUUAAUCUAUCUUCCCGUGGAAGUCACAGACGGCACACACGGGCAGGUACGGCGGAUCUGGUGACAGCUUCUCCCCGCGCGUUUGUACGUCUCCACCAGCAAGCGCGCAGAGUCAAAACAGACGAAAGCUCUUCUAUAACCAAAUACAAAAGCUAUGCCGAUGCACACCUUUUUUUUCACAGAGCAAUGCACAGACACAGCACGUCUGAGGGAAAAUGUUUUAAUGCCUAUUGUUUUUAUUGGAAUAGAACUAAUUUCAUUGUGUUUGUAUAAAUGAAUCCUAAUAUAUACCUACGUUGUGUACAGUAUACAGAAAAAAAAGUCAUACAGCAAAAAAAAAUAAUAAAAGCAGCCAGACUUAAAGUGGAAGCUCAGAUUCUGGGCUUGAGUUUGGUUCCUCACAUGAAGUAUUUCCAAUAUUGUCAAAACUCAAUUUUAAGGUCUCAUUUUGUAUAUAUUCUGUGUAAUUAACAUCUACUUGUCUAUUUGUUUGCUUGUUGUCGUCAGCAUACAGUGAGUGAAACAGCACCAUC